AUGUGGGCGGUCGCCCGGCAUCUUCCACCUGUGUCAGUAUCCCAAAGGUUCCAUCUUCCCUAUUCCCACUGCCCGCCUUGCCCGUGUCAUGACAUCCUAUCACGGAAGUACGGCACCUUUCUGGAUCCAUCGCCAAAGUUUCUACUUACUUUUGAGGUAACACUGCCCUACCCGCUACACACGCCCCCCAUUUCAGGCCCCCCGGUCCCUGAACAAUAUGGCCAGCGACGAGGAAACCCGGGCGCAGCUAGGUGCGUAAGGACCGUUGAUUGGAUGUCCCGGAAACUACAAUUGCCGUCUUGCAUCCGAUGAA